AUGUGCUCAGUUCGACCAUCUGACAGUGUAGCAAGAGGAGACAUGCCUUCCACAGACCUCAGACUGAAGAUGAUGAUACUGCUUUGGAUUACAGUGAUGCUUUUUAAUAAAAUUGCAGAUUCUGCACAGACAAAGGGCAUCAGUCAGCCAAACUCAGUGAUCUCUGCUGGUGUUGGUGAUAACGUGAUUCUGCACUGCUUUCGACUGGGAGAGGAAAAUACUGAUUCCGUCGUUUGGUACAAACAAAAAGUAGGACACGAGCCUUGUGUAAUGGUCGCAGUUCAACAAGAACCCAAAUAUGAAAAUGAAUUCAAGCCACCAAAAUUCAACAUUGAGAAAGAAAAAGAAAAAGGGAGCUUCCAUUUGAAAAUUGCCAAAGUCGAACCAUCGGAUGAAGCCACGUAUUACUGUGGAUUUAGAGAUUUUCUAAUAAGAUUUGGAAAUGGAACAUUUUUAGCAGUUACUGGAGAUGGAGAUGUAAAAGUGUCAGUGUUGCAGAGCAGCAUGUUGGACUCGGUUCCUGCAGGAGCCUCAGUGACUCUGCAGUGCUCGGUUCUCUCUGAGAGCAGAGCAGCAGAUCUCCAAGUGCUCUGGUUCAGAGCUGCUCCAUCACAAUCCCAUCCUCAAAUCAUUUACACUCAUCACAACAGCAGCCAUCAGUGUGAGAGCAGCUCUUCUACACACACCUGUGUGUACAACUUCUCCAAGAACAUCCUCAGCCUCAAUGAUACAGGCACUUACUACUGCGCUGUGGCCGUGUGUGGGAAGAUCAUUUUUGGGAACGGGACACGAGUACAGUUGGAGAGAUCUGUAGAUCCUGUAGUGAUCUGCCUCGCUGUAGCUUUGGGACUGUGUGUGGUCGUGAUCUUUGCUUUGAUUUUUGUCCUAAUCUGUGAAGGAAGAAACUGUGAACAACACAGGGCGAGACCCAAACAAGGUUCUGUGACAGACAAGCCCCUCAAUCAGGACUGUGACAAUGUGGAGCUGAAUUACGCUGCUUUACAUUUCAAUGAGAGGAGAGCUAAAAGAGGAAGAGUAAUGAAACAACAACCUCAAGAUAUUAUAUAUUCCGAUGUGCGAGGUCCUUCUGUAGCUUAGAUUUUACCUCUAAUCUGAUUCAGUGUCAUUAGUUCUGUUAUCAGGUUUUACUGAGAGUGUGGAAAAAUG